AUGACCCAACACCCGUCAAUGGGGGAGGAGGAGUAUCUCCAGCCACAAGAACCUCUUCCGCCUGUACUUCAUGCAAGAUCAUGCAGUGGUGCCCCAUCACCGUGUAAUUCAUGUCAAGAGCAAGGUCGCACUUGUCAAUUCAAUCCUGACCAAGACCGUCGCCGCAAGGUCACUCAAAAGAGGUUACAGGAUUUCCAAACUCAAGUCAUAGAGGUCAUCCGCUUCUCUGAGAGGGAAACUGUAGAUAACUUGGUCCAGUUCAUCAGAACCCAUCCACCAAUUGAUAGAAUUGAGGACUACAUCAAGGACCUACAUGGUGACCUGGCUAAUAAUAUGCAAGCCACUAUGGACCCUGGAAAUUUCCUCGAUCAUGGAAACAACUAA